UUGGGCAUGGGCAUGCCUGGGAGUUCCCCCUCUUUUUAAAGGGCUGGAUAGGCAUUGCCCAAUUAGUCAAUACGGAUUUAGGCCAAUUCUGUUGUUUCAAGUAGAGGGAGGGAUUAUUAACAUUUAGAAAUUGUGGGUCAUUUCCAUACCGGAAAAGUCCAGGAGACAAAUGUUAGGAUUUAAGUUUGGUUGAGAAGAAAAAUUGAAGGCGUAGAUCAGCCUCUCUGCUACCAACAUCACCAUGAAAUGCCGACUCCCAAUCUUGAAACAGGUAACCUCUACUACCCACUUCUUUUAUUUGUUUUCAUUCUCUCUACGCCCUCUAUCUUGCUCUGCAAACAACCACAAACCCUCACAUACUGAAAAGUCUUUACCAGACAUAUCUCCUACCUUCAAUGUUGUACAAUUCACUAAAUCCAUUAAGGCCCUCUGUAAAUCGGGCAACGCAAACAAGGCGUGGGAUCUCUUCCACUCAGCCAUUACUAACGCAUUCCUCUCACUCUUGUAACCUUCAAUGUGCUUUUGGAUGUUCUUAGGAAUGACAGCGACCUCCGUAGAAUUUACCCUCUCCUCGCUGAAAUGGAAGAGAUGGGCAUCCCUCCAAAUGUCAUCACUUACAGCAUCCUCAUAAAGUCUUUGUGUAGAUGGGGUAAAAUUGACGAAGCACAUGAGCUUUUGCACGAAAUGAGGAAUAACCAUUGUCUUCCUAAUAUUGUUACCUAUAGCACCUUAAUUGACGCUCUCUGCAAGAAAGGUAGGGUAGAUGAAGCUUUAGUAUUGGUGGCUCAAAUGAUACAAGAUGGCCUUUGUCCAAAUACUUUUUUAUACAAUACCCUAAUCAGUGGUCUUUGCAAGUUGGAUAAGGAAGAUGAAGCUCUCGGCUUAUUAAUUGGAAUGAGGCGUUCUCAUUGUUCUCCAAGUAUUAUUACAUAUAACAGCCUGACUUAUGGUUUCUUCAAAGUAGGAUGGGUAAAUGAAGCUUUAGCAUUAGUAUGCAAAAUGAUACAAGAUGGCUUUUCCCCUGACGCCUACACUUGUAGUAGCUUGAUAAAUGGCUUAUUCAAGGCUGGAAAAACAGAGGAAGCGUAUGAUGUGUUUAUACAAAUGAUAGAGUCUGGCCCUUUCACUGAUCAAGUGACAUUCAAUGGAGUUAUUAAUGGGCUAUGCAAAGAUGGACAGAUGGACAAGGCGUGGGAUUGUUUUCAAAUCAUGUCGAAAAAGGGUUUACACCCAGAUGUUGUUACAUACAACUCUGUGAUUGCUGCAUACUGUAGAACAAGACACAUGAGCAUGGCAUUUCAAAUGUUAGAAAAAAUGACAAGAAAGGGUUUGGAACCUGAUAAAGUGACAUGCAACACAAUCAUUGAUGGCUUAUGUAAAGCAGGUGAUCUCGCUAGCGCACAUCUCCUAAUGAAUAAGAUACUUGAUGAAGGCAAGGUUCCUGAUGUAAUGGCUUACAGCUCUCUGAUUAAUGGUCAUUGUAAAAUUGGUCAAAUGGAUGAGGCUUUAAAGCUUUUUAAAAGUAUGGAAAUGGUUGGCAUUGCUGCAGAUGUUGUAACUUAUACCACACUAAUUGCCACGUUAUGCAAAGAAGACAAACUUAAUGCUGCUUUAUUAAUGUUAGAUGAAAUGAGAGCAAAAGGUUUGGUUCCAAAUGAGGUCACAUACAACACAUUAUUUUGGGGUGCUCGCAAGAGAGGUGACUGCGAAAAAAACCUUUUUUUUAAUGAAUCAAAUGCAAAAGCAAGGCUGUGCUCCAAGUGAUAAGGCUCUUAAGACACUCUCCUGCUGGCUGAUUGAUGUUGGUCAAAUAGAAAAAUUAAAAGACUAUGCAAAUGGCAAAGCUUUUAUUAUUUCUAAGCGAUCAUGGUUCUGAUACCUUGAGAGUGACAGGUUGUUGAUGUCACUCCUGUAUAUUUCUUUUCUCAUUGUAUGAAGUUGCGUCCUCAAUUUGAGGAUCUUUCUACAAUAGAUAUGUUAUAACUUACUUUCGUUCA